AAACGGUCUCGCGAUUGGGCGGUGGGCGGGCCAGGGCGGGCUCGACUCUGCCGACGUACGCCGACGACAGAAGCGUUCUCCUCGCGCCGCCGUCUGCGCGCGCGCCGCAUAACUUGAUUAACGCACAGAAAACUGAUUUAUUGUGUCGCGUUGAAAAAAUAAUCGGCCGCCGGUGAGGAAAUGUGAUGGAGGGACAAGAAUGGCGGGGCGAGUGGCAGCAGCCGCGCCAACUCGAUGGUAUUGUCUCGUCGAGCGGAUGUCCUCGAGGCGGGUUCGCACUGUCUCAGUCGCUGGUUGAGCGGCUCGGUCGAGAUCAUGAGCAAAUUCCCGUGUUACCGCCGUUACAUCACCCCAUCAGAGAUAACUCGGUAUGCGCGCGCAGUACAUACUCCCCACUGCAGGCACUCAGUGAAAGUACAUGUCGAGAUCCAGGAGUAUCGGCGCCGCCACCGCAACCACCGCCUAGAGUCCAGCAGGCGUCGAACCAAAACGUGACUCUCCAUCCAGCGGUGGCGCGAUGCACCGCGACGUUGGAGCUGGCGGCGCUGUGGCGCAGCUUCCAUGAGUUGGGCACUGAGAUGAUCGUGACGAAAGCGGGGCGCCGCAUGUUCCCCGCGCUGCAGGCCCGGCUGGCGGGCCUACUGCCCAACGCGGACUACUUGCUGCUGGUCGACUUCGUACCUCUUGACGAUAAGAGAUAUCGAUAUGCUUUCCACAGUUCGAGUUGGGUGGUGGCGGGUAAAGCGGACCCGGUGUCGCCGCCGCGUAUCCACGUACAUCCGGAUUCGCCCGCUCCCGGAUCUAACUGGAUGCGGCAGCUCGUCUCCUUUGAUAAACUCAAGCUCACCAACAACCAGCUUGAUGAUAAUGGACACAUAAUUCUGAACUCGAUGCACCGCUACCAGCCGCGGCUGCACGUGGUGUACCUGCCGGGCGAGGGGCAGAGCAGCGCGCCCGGCACCGUGCCAUACCGCACCUUCGUGUUCCCAGAGACUGGCUUCACCGCCGUUACCGCUUACCAGAACCAUAGGAUAACGCAAUUGAAAAUAGCGAGCAAUCCUUUUGCGAAAGGAUUUAGAGACUGCGACCCCGAUGAUUGUCCCCCCGAACAGAGUCAGCAGCGCGGCGGCGCGCGGCGGCGCGAGUCGUCGGCAGCCGAGGCGUGCCCGCAGCUGGCGCAGCCGUACGCCGCCGAGCCCAGCGCCUGCGGCCCGCUCUACCCGCCACACGCACACCCUGUGCGCUACCAGCCUCACUCCGGCCACAACAGCGCUUACAGUGCUUACUACGCUCACAGAUAGCUGGCUGUGUGACGACGAGCGAUAGUGGUAGUGAUUGUAAAGACACCGGCCGCCGCUGACCACAUGCGAUGCGACAGAUACGAGCGACCGUGUCGCUGGAACGCGCACCAUCUGUCAAUUUUACCGCCAUAUUUGGGGGAUGAAAUAAAAAAGUUAUUUAUUAUGGCUCUAUGGCUGUACCUAUAUAUAAACCUCUUUAUUGAUUUUGGAAACUCAGUUGCUCUUCAAGAAGGAAAGAAAAAAAUAAACCUCUUUUGAAAUUAUAAUCUUUUGAAUUAUAAUAAAAGAUUCAACUACUUAAUAAAUUAAUUUGUGUUAUAGAGCCGUAGAGAGCCGUAAUGUUUUGUGUAGUGCGCUGUCCGUUUGUGGUAACAUUUGAAUAACGAUAUGAGGGCAGUAGCAUAUAACAAAAAAUAAUACAAAUCUUCUAUAAAGUCUGUUUUGUUAAAAUUUUGCGUUAGUACUAUUCAAAUUCAUGUGUCACCACAGACGCGCUGUGGACUGGCUAAGCAGGAUGAUUGUGAUUUUGGAAACGGGAAUCGUAUGUUCGGAAUAAAAAAAAGUUUUGGAGAAAAAUAUUGUGUAAAAUAUUCUUUUAGUGAUUAUUUUUGUGAGAGGAGAGAAAUUUUAUGAAAAAAAAAGAUGUAUGUGAAAAUUAUUAAUAAUUUUGGCGUUAUAAAUUAAUUAGUAGCGGUUAUUUGCCAGAUGGUGCCUAGGUUACGUUAAGUUGGUUUGUAAAACGAUAUAAAAAUAAAUGUUAUGUUACGCACACGUAAUUAAAUAUUGUAAUUUGGUUUAAUGAAAGCGUUAUAUCAGUGAAAUGUACAAAUAACCAAAGGAAAGGAUUUAUAACUACGACAGCAGGGUCAAAGCCAAAUAUUUUUGUAAAGUAUCUACGUACUAACAAAUCGUUUAAUCAUAAAUAUGAUAUAGAAAUUGGUAAAGCACUGUUCACGCCUUUGCAAUAGAUGUGCCUUAAAUGUCACAAUAUUUAAAUGUACCUAAUUAAAAUUUAUUUUGUUACCACACAUAAUGUAUUUAUUAUUAUAAUGUAAUAUAAUUUUGAUAUUUACCAAAACACUAGAGCAUUCAACUUCAUUUUAUUAGAAAAUGAAGAAAAUGAUUGCAAUAGUCUAAAUGCCAAGUGCCAAAUAUGAAACCAAAGGAACAUACAUAGCUAAGCAUAAGAUAGAUUAAGAUUUAGUAAAUAUGUUUGGAUAUUUAUUUAAAUCUAUU